UUUUUCUGUACAAGAUUGGAUUUUUUUUAUGUUUGUUUGGUGAAUUGGGUGAAAGAAUUGAGAGAAAAAGAGAAAUAGUGAAUUGGGUGUGAAGGAGAUUUGAGAAAUAAUGAGGGAAGAGGACUCAAAUUGGUUCUCAAGAUGGGAAGAAGAGCUUCCUUCCCCUGAAGAACUUAUGCCUCUUUCUCAAACCCUAAUCACUCCUGAUCUUGCUUUGGCUUUUGAUAUCAGAAACCCAAAUCCCAACAACAGCAACAACAACAACAACACCAUCAGCAACAACAGCCCCACCCACUACCACCAUCAACAAACAGGCUCAGUUCCAGUGAAUCCUUUGGGAAACACCACCACUUCAGCAAGUACUCCCCCUCCACAGCCAAACUCAGCUGAAUUCGGAGCUGAUUCGGCUGAGUUGGGUUCUGGGGCCGCAGGGGAGGAACCGGCUAGGACUCUCAAGCGGCCCCGGCUCGUGUGGACGCCACAGCUCCACAAGAGGUUUGUGGAUGCUGUGGCGCACUUGGGGAUCAAGAAUGCUGUGCCCAAGACUAUAAUGCAGCUCAUGAGUGUUGAUGGCCUCACUAGAGAGAAUGUUGCUAGCCAUUUGCAGAAGUACCGCCUUUAUCUCAAGCGAAUGCAGGGCGUAUCAGCUGGUGGUGGUGGUAGUGGCCCGGCUAAUGGCGCCGGAGGAUUGGCCGCCGCGUCUGCUGAUCCUGCCACGGACCAUUUGUUUGCCAGCUCGCCUGUUCCGCCACAUUUUUUGCACCCGGGUCGCCCCAAUUCGGACCAUUUCUUGCCUUUCGUGCAGGUGGCUGCUCUGCCGCAUCACCACCACCAUCACCCGCAGCAGAUGGUUGCUACAGUAGCCCACCCGCAGUUGCAGCCUCCGUUUCAUAGGCAGGUGGGGCAUUUUGGGUCACCCCCCAAUGGGCAAUUUGAGCAUCCAUUUCUGAGUACUAGGCAGUCACAGCCAGUUCAUAGGAUGGCGGCACCACUGCACAAUCAAGGACCAGGAGGAGGGUAUGGGGAAGAUUUGGAAUUGGCUAAUGGGGCAGGAGGGAGGAAGGUUCUUACUCUAUUUCCAACAGGGGAUGAUUGAGUUUUUGGGUAAUUGUUAUUUGCCCCACUUUACUUCAAAACUUCCAUCUAGCUUUUUUCUUUUUUUUCUUUUUUUAAUUCUGUAUCUGGGUCUUUUUUAUAUUGGUGUCUGGUGGUGGUACCUGUUAGAUUUUGGUUUUUUGGGUCUUAGACUUUUUAGUUGUUGUUGUUGUAUCAGCUGUUCUUAGUAAUCUUGGUGAUCGUAAUUGGUACUGUUGGGCUUCCAUUGAUAUCUGAACAUUUCUGGGUUCAAAUAAUCUCGGAUAAUUAAUUAAAAAUCUGUUCCCAUUGGGGGUGUCUUUCACCAUCCUUUAUGAGGAGGUUAGCUAGCAUUGGUGGGUAGUGUCAGUUUUGGUAUCCUUCAGUUCUGUGGGCUUCUACUUGUGUAAUUACCGGUGUUUGUAGCAGUCUAUAUAUGUCCCCUGUCAGCUUCUGGUGACGGAUGUUGAUCGUGAUGUCACUUUGGGCGGGAAUUGUGUUUUGUAAUCUCGUCUAUGACGACGGCAACUAUUUUGGUGUCAUGAUAAUGAGUCAAUCUGGAUAUCUUUGAGGUUGAUUUAUCCCAUUGUAGUCUGGGAAUCGGCUGGUUUUCUGCUAUCUCAGAGUCUUCUCACUCAUGGAGGGUUCUUAUUGGCGUUGAAGGUGGGCAUGGCUGAAGCAUCAAAUUGACUAAACAUUGAGCUUGUAGGUGAGGAUAAAUAAUGCAGGCAAGUGCUAUUAUGUUUCUCUAGAAAUCCAAAAAUGGGGCUGGUAACCGUGAUUGGCACAUCCAGUACCGAGUUUCUUGGCAAAAUCCAGGAAUCUCUUAUCUGUAAGAUUUAUCUCAUGUUUAUUAGUCUAAUUUCAUGUAGAGGUGAGUUGUACUUGUUGUACAUUGUGUGACUCUAUAGAAGACUUAAAACCCCUGAUGCAAGGGUACCUCUUAAAGAAAUUUCUGAUUUUUAUUACAAUGUUGGAUUUAUUCGGAA